AGGAAACGGCGUGUAUUUCACAAACUACAAGAAAAAUUCUCAAAAGAAAAUAAAUUUACUAAUAAAUUAUUGUGAAAAAAUAACGCAAUAUAUUAUAAAAACACAACUUGUUGUGUAAACUAAUAAUUGAAAUAUAAAAAUUCGGAAAAAUGCCAGCCGUAGUGAGAGUAAAAAGACGUAUUGAUGAAGAGCCUUUAUCGGCCUUUGUAUUAAAUGGCAAACGGCGACGUCUCGAAGAGGAAAAUGCCUCGGCCCUAAGUCACAAAGAAGAAUUGUCAUCAUUAUUGAAGUUUGCCGGUACCAUAAAGGAGCUCGAUGACACAGCCACUAGCCAAUUCGCACGCCUUUCCAAAGAGGAAGCCAAAGAGUUGGUCCUACAGAAAACCCACAAACCCCCGAACGCCACCGAUAAGGCGCGCCAGGAAAUGCGUCAACAUCAACACGAACAACGUUUUCGUGUGGUCAAUUGUCUACGCACCACUUUGGAUAAAGACAAUGCCAAUGCAAAAUCUAAAGAAAUCACUAUAGUUGAUAUUGAAAAACAUGCUACAAAUGAUAAGACUGUUCAAAUUCCAAAAUCUAUGACUGCGUCAAACACAGCCAACACAAACUUAGCUGAAGCUUCAACAUCAUCGGCAGCUGCUGCUGCUGCCGCCGCCUCGGCAGCUGCCUUAACCAUGCCCACAGAUUCCGAUACGGGUUAUGUGUAUGAUCUGUAUAUACCCCAUAAUGAGCAGCAUGCUGAUUAUGUCGAUCUUAUGGAUGACAAUUAUUUAAGUGUCCGAGCUACUGACAAUUUUAUCUAUGAAGAUAGCUACAAUAAUGAUGAUGAUGAUUGCGAUUCGGAAGACUCUAAUCAGGAGAACUAUUUCGGCAACGAGUAUCCCGAUGAAGAUGAUGAUGCUGCCUUAAAUAGUGAUCGUGAGAAUGAUAUGGAAGAAGAUGAGUAUGAAGAUGAAUGUGCCAAAAAUCUGAGAAAAGGAUUGGAAAAAUUUGUGUUUGGUGACGAUGAAGAGGAGCAUAGUGAUGAGGACUUUAAUAAUUCUUCUUCAGAUGAUGGCGGUUUCUAUAAUGCCUAUCGUGAUCCUUAUGUACAUUCGAUUGAUCCUGAAGAGCAAGGUUUCUGCAAUGAUGUUGAUAGUUGUGAUGUAGAUCGUUAUGGCAUGGCCUAUGCCCGCUAUAAGGCGCGCAUAUUGAAGAAAUCUAAGCCCAAAAUGGUUUCAGAUGAUGAGGAAAUAGAAGAUGCUGCAGCAGAGGAUGAUGAUGGGUCAGAGAUUUAUAAAUCGGGCACAGAUGAAGAGGAUGAUAAUUAUCACAGUGCUAAUGAAAGUGAAGAGUUUUAAUAGAUUUGCUGCUUUUAUUUAUUUUUUUUAUUAACUUUUAUAUUUAAUAAGAUUUCCGCUGAUUUUAUGUAUUAUUUCAAAUAAAAAAAUAAAAUUGUACUUUUGUCUACUCAAUGUUUGUAGAA